UUUUUAAUUAUUAUUAUGUUGAUAAAAAUAGGCUUGGUUUAUUUUGCACUUAAUUCUGCAGCUCUUGUAUUUUCUCCUCAGAUCUGGAACAUCAAGCAGAUGAUAAAGCUGACACAGGAACACUUAGAGGCUCUGCUGGAGAAAUUUGGAGGCGAACACAAUCCUCCUUCCAUAUAUUUGGAGGCAUAUGAAGAGUACACCAGUAAACUGGACGCCCUGCAGCAGAGGGAGCAGCAGCUGCUGGAAGCCAUGGGGAAUGGCACAGACCUCUCCUGCACCACUUCCCCUAUGUCAAGCCUGUUGGAGGCCAAGAUGGGAGGUGAUGGAGUUGGAGGUGGAGCUCAGGCCCUUCCCUCAGCCCCCAACUCAUUAGCAGUCCUGCAGACCCCCACUGAUACUGGACGGGCCAAUCCACGCUCCCCCCAGAAGCCUAUUGUCCGUGUGUUCUUGCCAAACAAACAGAGAACAGUGGUCCCAGCCCGCUGUGGGAUGACUGUGAGGGACUCGCUGAAGAAAGCUCUGAUGAUGCGGGGACUCAUCCCAGAGUGCUGUGCAGUCUAUAGAAUACAGGAUGGAGAAAAGAAGCCUAUUGGAUGGGACACAGACAUCUCCUGGCUGACUGGAGAGGAGCUCCAUGUGGAAGUGUUGGAGAAUGUGCCACUUACCACACAUAACUUCGUGAGGAAGACCUUCUUCACAUUGGCCUUCUGUGAUUUCUGUAGAAAGCUGCUGUUCCAGGGUUUUCGCUGUCAGACCUGUGGCUACAAGUUCCAUCAGCGCUGCAGCACAGAGGUUCCUCUCAUGUGUGUCAACUAUGACCAGCUAGACUUACUGCUUGUAUCAAAGUUCUUCGAGCAUCAUCCAUUCAGCCAGGAGGAGGUCUCCUCAGAGGGAACCACACCCGUGUCUGAGCUCUGUCCAUCUCUCCCCCCAUCGGACUCCACCGGCUCUAUAUACCACACUACAGUGUCCCCAUCCAAGUCCAUCCCCAUUCCAAAUAGUUUUCGGACCAGUGAGGAAGACCACCGCAACCAGUUUGGCCAGCGAGAUCGUUCGUCCUCUGCCCCCAAUGUCCAUAUUAACACCAUUGAGCCUGUCAACAUUGAUGAUCUUAUUCGUGAUCAGGGCUUGCAGAGGUCAGAUGGAGGUUCUACCACUGGGCUGUCUGCCACACCUCCAGCAUCUCUUCCUGGCUCACUGACCAAUGUCAAAGCACCACAGAAGUCACCAUGCCAACAAAGGGAACGCAAGUCUUCGUCGUCUUCUGAAGAUCGUAAUAAAAUGAAAACACUGGGCAGAAGAGACUCCAGUGAUGACUGGGAGAUUCCAGAAGGUCAGAUCACCCUGGGUCAGAGGAUAGGCUCUGGAUCCUUUGGAACUGUUUUUAAAGGAAAAUGGCAUGGUGAUGUGGCUGUGAAAAUGCUGAAUGUCACUGCUCCCACUCCACAGCAGCUUCAGGCCUUCAAGAAUGAAGUGGGCGUCCUCAGAAAAACGCGUCACGUGAAUAUCCUGCUGUUCAUGGGUUACACAACCAAGCCCCAGCUGGCCAUUGUGACCCAGUGGUGUGAAGGCUCCAGUCUGUACCACCAUCUGCACAUCAUUGAAACCAAAUUUGAGAUGAUCAAGCUGAUCGACAUCGCCCGGCAGACUGCUCAGGGCAUGGAUUACCUACAUGCCAAGUCCAUUAUUCACAGAGACCUGAAGAGCAACAAUAUUUUCCUGCAUGAGGAUCUGACUGUGAAGAUUGGUGACUUUGGUCUAGCCACAGUCAAAUCUCGUUGGAGCGGCUCCCACCAGUUUGAGCAACUGUCUGGUUCAAUACUUUGGAUGGCUCCAGAGGUGAUCAGGUUGCAGGACAAGAAUCCCUACAGCUUCCAGUCAGAUGUGUAUGCUUUUGGCAUUGUGCUCUAUGAGCUCAUGUCAGGAGCUCUGCCCUAUUCCAACAUUAACAACAGAGACCAGAUUAUCUUCAUGGUGGGUCGAGGUUACCUUUCUCCAGACCUGAGCAAGGUCCGCAGCAACUGUCCUAAGGCCAUGAAGAGACUGAUGGCAGAUUGCUUGAAGAAAAAGAGAGAAGAGCGACCCCUCUUCCCCCAGAUUUUGGCAUCCAUUGAACUGCUGGCUCGUUCAUUACCCAAAAUCCACCGCAGCGCCUCUGAACCUUCCUUAAAUCGAGCAGGCUUUCAGACAGAAGACUUCAGCCUGUACUCCUGCGCCUCCCCUAAAACUCCCAUUCAAGCUGGAGGUUAUGGGGAGUUUUCUGCAUUCAAGUAAUUACAGCCAGCACAAUAGUCCAUCUCUCAUCACCUUUCAAAUGUCUUGUGUUCUUGCAAUGGAUUCAUCUAUCCCUGGAAAAUAAUAAUAAUAAUAAUAAUAAUAAAAAAACAAUCUUGAAGAAUGUGCAGUUUUCUUCCUUGGCCUGCCAUGAAGGAGAUGCAUUCACUAAAGGUUCUUUCACAACAAAAACGAAGGACAGAUAAGGGAUUGAAGAAAGUUAUUGAAGAAAAACAAGAUGCAAGAUUUUUGGACAAAAUUGGUUUUAGAUGAAAAGCCGUGAACUCCAUAGAUCGGUUUGUAUCUUUGAAACAAAGCUGGAAUUUUUGUUCCAGCUUUGCUUCUGAACUGCAAAGCUGGAACUGAACUGCUUUUUGAUGGACUGCAGAGCUGUGCCAGAUGAAGAGGCCUCUCGUCUGAAAUUAGUCCCCUGAUUGAAGCCGGUGUUUUUCUUGAAGGAUGUUAACAUAAACAUUGUUUUUCACUUCUCACCCUUUCAUACUGUCGCUACCUUUUGCUUAGAGCACCGCCCAUCCGAAAAGCCAUUUUAGAGGAAUGGUUCCUUGGAAUUGUGCUGCAGGAUGUCUUGUGUUUCUUUGACUCUUUGUGAUCUUAAUUCUGCAACAGAAAAAACUGUUUUGCCUUCAUGUUUGGACUAUGCCAGUGGUAAGGAACAGAAACUCAAAUCUACAGUUUUUGUUAUUUUGAAAGAAUCUCCGAGUCCUCUGUAAACUUGCUGGUCAGAUCUGAUUUUCUAACAGCAAAUUCUAUUGGUCAAAGUUUUUUAUAUAGGCAAAUUUCCUUCUACCUUUUAUCCGACUUUGGGAUUAUCUAGCCGCAUCUCCCUAAAGCAGUCUGGAGCCCCCCAACUAACUGAACCAUUCAUCGGUUCUGGAUGAGACAUCUUUGAAGUAUCUAAACUGCAGAAGUUCCUCCACACUGUCCUUGUAUUCAAACUGUCCACUCAUUCAUUCUAGAUGGCUCCUGCUUACUCUGAAUCAGAAGGUUUGUAAGAUUGAUAGAGGGAAUAAAAAUGCAGAAAAAUUAAAAUGUUUUAAGUUUUAACAGUACACCAAAUAAUAGUAUCCCAAAAUAAAAGCGGGAGGAUUGAUGUAGUGAGUGAAUGAAUGAACACUCUGAAUGCAAGUCCCAUGUACAGCGCUGAUGACGUCUUUAGACUUCCAGAUUGUUUCCCCAGAUAGUCACCAUCUCUUCCUUCCUCUACUGAGCGAAAAAGUUGCACACUCUUUAAAUUUUGGACCCAGCUUUUUGCUGCUUAUGAAUGACGGCCUAAGAUAGUAAACCAGAUCUCUAACCA